GUUGCAGCCUCCGUUUGCAUUUUGAUGGUUGGCUUAAGUAAUUAUUAAUUAUUAUUCCGUCGGCCCCGGAUAAGGCGAUGCUGACAAAACCAAAAUGCAGAGGCCAGAAUUUCCAUUAGCAAAGGAGAUAUUAAUGCUGUAAACUCAGUUACCAUGUAAAAUUGGAUUAAAUGCUUUAUAAAUUGCAAUUAAAGUUAAAAUAGAUGGAUGUAGAGUCUUGGGAGUUACGAUUUACCUUGCCUUUCAUCCCACGCCAUGAAUCCCAUAAAGCAAUAAAACUUGCCGUUUCUUUCUUCCUUCUUCAUCGUCUUUGAAUCCACACCCACGUCUCUGCCAUGGACACCAAAAACAAGGAUGUUAUUCGAUUAGAGCGUGAAUCCGUCAUCCCCAUCCUAAAGCCCAAGCUCAUCAUGACUUUAGCCAACCUAAUUGAACAUAGUUCUGAUCGGGCCGAGUUUUUAAAGUUCUGCAAGAGAGUUGAGUACACGAUACGAGCUUGGUAUCUUCUCCAAUUUGAGGAUUUAAUGCAAUUAUACUCCCUCUUCGACCCUGUACAUGGGGCUCAGAAAUUGCAGCAGCAAAAUUUAUCUUCUGAAGAAGUAGAUGUACUUGAACAGAAUUUCUUGACAUAUUUAUUUCAGGUGAUGGAGAAGAGUAAUUUUAAGAUUGCUACAGAUGAGGAGAUUGAUGUCGCACUUGCAGGGCAAUAUCUUCUUAACCUUCCCAUAAUAGUUGAUGAAUCUAAGAUUGACAAGACACUUCUGAAGAGAUAUUUUUCAGAGCACCCCCAACCAAACCUUCCUGAUUUUGCUGAUAAGUACAUUAUCUUCAGACGUGGGAUAGGAAUUGAUCGUACAACGGAUUAUUUUUUCAUGGAGAAGGUGGAUAUGAUCAUUACACGUCUUUGGACAUUUCUUUUAAGGCUAACACGAUUGGAAAAACUUUUGAACAGAAGAUUAAGAGAACGACAUAAGAAAGAGCCAAAGAAGGAUGAUGAAAUUAACCCUGAAGCAGACAGUGAAGAUUUGUUUGUUGAUCGGAUCCGUCUUGAAAAUAUGGACCUAAGCAGCAUGUCUUUCCUAAACUCUGGCGGUGUCAUUAGUCAAUUACUUGCUUGUUCUGUAUUAAGCAGCAUCAAGAAAUUGGUGAGCAAGACUACAAUCCAAGAGCCUACUUUUGAUAGGAUUAUUGUUGUCUACAGGAGAGCUAGCCCCAAACCAAAUAUGGAUCGAGGAAUAUACGUAAAACAUUUCAAAAAUAUUCCAAUGGCAGAUCUGGAAAUAGUCCUUCCUGAAAAGAAAAAUCCAGGAUUAACUCCCAUGGACUGGGUCAAGUUCCUUGCCUCUGCUGUUGUGGGGCUGGUUACUGUGUUUAGUUCUCUUCAAAUGCCUACAGCUGAUCUUUGGGUCAUCUUUGCCAUUUUGUCAACUGUGAUUGGUUACUGCGCUAAGACAUAUUUCACGUUUGAAGCAAACAUGGCUACAUAUCAGAAUUUAAUAACACAGUCCAUGUAUGACAAACAACUCGAUAGUGGAAGGGGCACUUUACUUCACUUGUGUGAUGAUGUGAUUCAACAGGAAGUGAAAGAGGUAAUCAUCUCAUUCUUUAUACUAAUGGAGCAAGGUAAAGCCACCAUGGAGGACUUGGAUCUAAGGUGCGAGGAACUAAUUAAAGAGGAAUUUGGGGAGAGCUGUAACUUUGAUGUGGAUGAUGCAGUUGAAAAGCUAGAGAAGUUGAAAAUUGUUUCUCGGGAUUCUAUUGGACGAUUUUAUUGUGUUGGACUGAAACGUGCAAAUGAGAUUAUUGGUGUAACCACUGAGGAACUCGUGCUGAAGGCAAGACAGGGUUCUAUUUCAGCUUAAUGCUAUGCUACCUUGGAUGGUGAGUGGAGGAUAUACAUGUAUGAACCUGAGUCACGUGUUAAUGAGGUUAUCAGAACCCUAAAAUCCUUGCUUCAUAUCAUGUGACAUGGGAACUGGGAAGACGUGGUCCGGCAAGCAGCUAUGCAGUUGUGCAUAUUGUUGAUUUUAAUGUGUGUAUUUCCUUAUCUCAAUUUGAGGGUUUCAUUUUCUGUCAUCUAUGUGCUGUACAUUAUAUUUUGGGGUAUGUGGCAUGCAUGUUGUAGCUUCAUGAAAAUUGCUAACUUUGUUUAUAUUAUGCAUUGAGAUGUUUGUUUGGAAGCACGAGUUCCAGAAUCUAGAAUGUUUGAAGAACACCGUGAGAAGCAGCCGAUCUAACCUCUAGAAUGAAACAGAGGAGGUUGGUUUUGAUCAUAUAUAA